CAAACCCCACCCCGUCUAUAAAUACCCCCUCAACCCCCUCAUUUUCAAGAAUCUCUCCUCUUUUCUCCCCAAAUUUCCACCCUAAUUCCGAAAUUACAUUCAUUUCUAUAGUUUUCAAUUGAAGAUUUCUGACAAAAGAUCGGAAAUUUGAUUUGAUCUUAGGGAGGUUUGGAAUUUAGGGUUUGUGAUUUGAGAAAUGGGGGACGCGUUUUGCAGCGAUUGUAAGAAGCACACGGAGGUGGUGUUCGAUCACUCGGCGGGGGAUACGGUGUGUUCCGAGUGCGGACUUGUUCUGGAGUCACACUCGAUCGACGAGACAUCUGAGUGGAGAACGUUUGCUAACGAGUCGAAUGAUAAUGACCCGGUCCGUGUUGGUGGCCCGACUAAUCCCUUGUUGUCUGAUGGUGGGUUGUCUACGGUAAUAUCGAAGCCGAAUGGUACUACUGGAGAUUAUUUGUCGUCGUCUCUAGGGCGGUGGCAGAACCGGGGUUCAAAUCCUGAUCGGGGUCUUAUUCUCGCCUUCAAGACUAUUGCUACUAUGGCUGAUAGGUUGGGUCUUGUUUCAACCAUAAAGGACCGAGCUAGUGAGAUAUACAAGAAAGUAGAAGAUCAGAAGUCUAGUAGAGGAAGAAAUCAAGAUGCGAUAUUGGCUGCAUGCCUGUACAUAGCUUGUCGGCAAGAAGACAAACCUCGGACUGUAAAGGAAAUCUGUUCUGUCGCCAAUGGAGCGACAAAAAAAGAGAUUGGUCGGGCAAAAGAGUACAUUGUGAAACAGCUGGAGGUCGAAAUGGGGCAAGCAGUGGACAUGGGAACUAUACAUGCUGGAGACUUCUUGAGGCGUUUUUGUUCGAAUCUUGGUAUGAACAAUCAAGCCAUGAAGGCUGCUCAAGAAGCUGUUCAGAAAUCAGAAGAAAUUGAUAUAAGGAGAAGUCCCAUAUCCAUUGCAGCAGCAGUUAUUUAUAUUAUUACUCAACUUUCGGAGGAAAAGAAACCCCUGCGAGAUAUAUCACUUGCUACUGGUGUUGCGGAAGGAACCAUCAGAAACGCUUAUAAGGAUCUUUAUCCUCACAUCUCUAAGAUAAUUCCCAUUUGGUAUGCCAAGGAGGAGGACCUGAAAAACCUGUGCAGUCCUUAGAAGAAACAUGGGAGAUUGUCUUACAGAUUUUUGCCCUUUUGGUGUGGGGAUACAAUACAACUGGAAAGCCUGCCCUAACCUUAAAAGUGUAACUCGCAUAAAAGUUGCAUAACUCCUGAAUGUGCAAUUGUUUUAUUUUUAAUACACUUCCCUGUUGCAUUAUCUCAGCAUAAUGUAGAAUCUGAAUGCCCAGGGAAAUGGGAUACGAUUACAGACGCCGCUGAAGAAUUAAGGAACUGUUCUCUCUUUGCUGGGAGUGGGGUAUGAUACGAAAAACAAACUUUAGACUUCCAAGAAUUUGUUCAAGGUAAUUUUUUUUACGGGGUUUAUGAAAUAUGAACACUACGAUGAGUUUCCCCUUUUUGUCCUCGAUUGUUUUAGUUGGAAACUCUCUACCUAGUCUGGAAGGUUGAGGGGUCCAUGAUGACAUUCUCAUCAAGUACUUUCUUAGAAUAAUUUGUGCUCAACCUUCUCACGGUAAUUUUUCUGUAAGAUAUGAAUGCCAGUGAACAACUGAUUGCUAAUCGUAAUCUGCAAAAAAUGUGAAAUGUUAUCUGAA